AGCCGGCUAGAAGAGAACCGACUUGGCUUUGUGGGUGGCGGGCAGUUGGGAUGGCUGAUGAGGAAGAAGACCCCACCUUUGAGGAGGAAAAUGAAGAAAUUGGAGGAGGUGCAGAAGGUGGACAGGGUAAAAGAAAAAGACUUUUUUCUAAAGAAUUACGGUGUAUGAUGUACGGAUUUGGGGAUGACCAGAACCCUUACACUGAGUCAGUGGAUAUUCUUGAAGACCUUGUUAUAGAAUUCAUCACUGAAAUGACUCACAAGGCAAUGUCAAUUGGAAGACAAGGUCGAGUGCAAGUGGAAGAUAUUGUCUUCUUGAUUCGAAAAGAUCCAAGGAAGUUUGCUAGGGUUAAAGACUUACUUACCAUGAAUGAAGAAUUGAAACGAGCUAGAAAAGCAUUUGACGAAGCAAAUUAUGGAUCUUGACACCUUUUGUACUUUCUGAACAUUUACUGUCUUCUGUGGAAACCAUAUAUGAUAACUGUGUUUUCUGCGGUGAUAUCCCACUGUCUAGGCAUGUAAAUGAAAGAUGGAGAAGCACGACCUUUCAGCCUUUAUGUUUUCAAUUUUACAGUAAUAUUUGAGCCUUUAACUGCCUGCCUUCAUACAACCAUACUUGAAUCACUUGUUGGCUUUUAAUGACUACAUUCAAGUUAAAGUGUUGCAAACCAUGUAGUUCCUUCUGACUUUUCACCUAGCUAAAGGAUAAUGUAGUAUUUAUGUGUGGGUAGAUUUGUGCCAUUAUAAGCUAUGCUGUAGCUUUUAAUAUGUGAGAUCUAAAUGUCCUUUUGACUGACAGCUAAGACUUGCAUUUCAUGCAUUCUGAAGUUUUUAGACAAUAGUGGUCUGAGAGGUUUGUGAAGAUAGUGAAGUGGUUUGUGUUUAUUUUAAGGAGAUGGCACAGGAAACUACAAGUUUCUGCAAGAACGUUUAUCUGUCUUCAUUUGUUUUAAUAUUAUUUUCUAAAGAUAGGGUUUUUUGUUUGUCUGAGAAACUAAAAGUUUGAUAUCAGUGCUUCUGUGUUGAAAGACUUGAUUUACUAUCAGUUAAGUUUUCGAAGACCUCAUUUUCCCAGAUCAGAGCUUCUAAAAAUAAAUGCUUUCAAUGGCAGAAAUGGCGGUGCUUAAAAAGCUGAUGGCAGGGUGAGUAGCUGGGGUGGUGUUUAUUAACAUAUUUGUAAGUACCAGUUCAUUGUGGAAGUGUGUGCUUGAUUAAAACCAGAUGUGGGUGCAAGCAAGAUUUGUGUAUUAGUUUAAGCAUUAAAUUAUUGUUGUACUAGUUUAAACUAAGGAUCAAAAUUGCAUUUAAAGAGAUCACUGAAUGUUACUCUUUCGAAACUGAACUUUUUGUGUCACUUAUAAACA